GCAGAGCGGGGGAACUUCCGGCGAGAGCACACGCUUCCGGCGGGAGCACACCGGCGGUCAUGGAGGCUGAGCGGAGGUUGAGCCUGCGAAUUCGUGAGGGGGACUGCGCCGUGCUGAAGCGGGGUGACGUCUUCAAAGCCGUGCCCGUGCUGCGGCAGAGAAAAAUUAUUUUUGAGAAGCAGGGCUUCUAUCUGGAUAAUGCCAUUGGACAUGUGUAUGGAACUACAUUUGAAGUAACAAGUGAUGGAAACCUGCAGCCAAAGCGACAGGUGGAAGAGACUACCACAGAAACAAAAGAAGCAGGGACAGAUAAUCGUAACAUAGUUGACGAUGGAAAGUCUCAAAAACUGACUCAUGAUGACAUAAAGGCUUUGAAGGACAAGGGUAUUAAAGGACAGGAAAUUGUUCAACAGUUAAUAGAGAACAGUACGACAUUCCGAGACAAAACAGAAUUUGCUCAAGAUAAAUACAUAAAGAAGAAGAAAAAAAAAUAUGAGGCAGUUAUUACAAUUGUAAAACCAUCCACUCGCAUUCUUUCAACAAUGUAUUAUGCAAGGGAACCUGGCAAAAUUAUCCAUUUGCGUUAUGACACUCUAGCUCAGAUGCUUACUUUAGGAAAUGUCCGUGCUGGCAACAAGAUGGUCGUAAUGGAAACAUGUGCAGGCCUUGUGCUGGGGGCUGUGAUGGAGCGAAUGGGAGGCUAUGGAUCUAUUAUCCAGAUGUAUCCGGGAGGUGGUCCCGUUAGGGCUGCCACCAGUUGUUUUGGAUUUCCAAAACCUUUUUUCAAUAAUCUUCAUGAAUUUCCUCUCAGCAAAGUGAAUAGUCUUCUCUGUGGGACAUUGUCUGUGGAGACUCUGCCUUCAGAAUCUGAAGACACUGCAUUAACAGAGGAAGAAAUGAAUGGACUGGUUGAUGAGAAGCAAAGUUCUGUACAGGGAACAGAAGAGGAAUCUUCUGCUGAAACAGCUAUGGAGAUCAACCAAACAGAAGAGCAGGAAACAAUUGACAUUAAUGCUGAGGAUGCAGAAUUUAAAGAGAAUAAAGAAAAAGAAAACAAAGAAAAUGUUCGAGAAAAGCAAAGAAAACAAUGGGAGAGAAGGAAAAAGCUAACAGAAACUGCUGCUUUGCUGAGAGAGAAGAAUGCAGAUGGCUUGCUUGUAGCCAGCAAGUUUCAUCCCACUCCUCUAUUACUGUCUUUACUGGAGUUUGUUGCUCCUUCACGGCCUUUUGUUGUCUACUGCCAAUAUAAAGAGCCCUUAUUAGAGUGUUACACAAAGCUGAGAGAAAGAGGUGGUGUUGUUAACCUAAAGCUAUCUGAAACAUGGCUACGAAGCUAUCAGGUCCUACCAGAUCGAAGCCAUCCAAAACUGACAAUGAGCGGAGGCGGAGGGUACCUUCUAUCUGGUAUAACUGUUGUGCUGGAUAAGGGCAAAUCUGAUUCCAGUAAUUUAGAAGCACUGAAGAUGGAAGAGCCGUCAUCUAAAAGAUGCAAAGUUCAAGACCUUUGUUGUUAACAGUGGGAGAAUUGAUUUGUCUUUCAGAUCUCAGGAGAUACGUGGUUAGUAAAAUAAUAGGUACAGUUUCUGUGCUCUUGACAACACAGAAAUAGUACCUGUCAUACAUCAGUCAACGAAAAGCAGAAGAAUUAUGUGGUAGGAAGAACUGUUUCUCCUUACCAGUUUACAUGGUCAGAAUGAGAAGAUAAACAUUGGAAGCAAACCUGUGUCAGACAUGACGCUGAAAGCACACUAAUUUCAAAGAAAAGACCUGAUGGUCAGGCUGAGAAGUUAACGUGGAUAUGAGUGCUUUCACUGAUGCUUUGUCUUGUCUUGUUUGUUGCCAAAACUGGAUAGGAUUACAUAGUUUUUAAAACAUUGAAUCUGAAUUAACACAUGUAAUUUUUCUUCCGAUUUUUCUAGAACAAAAUCAGGGUAAAACGUUCUGUGUAGUGAUCUGCUCCCUCUUCAGACACUGAGCCCUGCAGUGUUGAAUAAUCUAAGGAAGCAGCAUAAGCAGCAAAAAUUAUUAAUACAAAAAAGUAUUUUUCUUUCCAAAGGAGCAAUAAAAAGAGAACAUUAAUUCCAGAACUUUGUAUAAUGACUCAGUGUUUCCUGAAAUAAAUACAGGGGAAAGCAUAUGUUAGUAAAUUAAAUACCAAACACUUAACCAAUAUCUUUGUUAGUGUUACCUGUUAUUUUCCUGGUAGUUGUUCUAUGUUUAAGACGUGACCAUUUUGAAAACUGCCAUGUGUAUAUAUAUUUAUUUUACAGUUCUAUUCUUUAUAAUGUGUAGCUUUUUUU